AUUGUCGAGUGGUGACGUAAGCUAUAGAUUUUGACAUUAUUUUAUGCUUGUAAGGAGGUAAUAUUACUAAAAGUAAACAAAAAUUAAAUGCAACAGAUGAUUUUAAUUUAGUUUAUUGUUGGAAUUUUUUACAUGUAUUCAUAUUUUAUAGUCAUAAAUUAAAUUUUACGUUAAUCAAUGUGAAAAUUAUAUUUUUAUAAUUUGACGUGUAAUGUAGCCGUCCCGUCAAGGCCACUUCGUUCGCGUUGAACAACUUUUUUUGUGACAAUGUCUGCAUCUGUUGAUUAAAAUUUGAAACAUAAUAAGCUUCUAAACAAGGUCAACAGUUUUCAUCAACUCACAGUCGACAAAAAUAAUAAGAUUCAGUGUAUAAUAUGUCUAUAGUUUCAAUGAUUACUCAUUUUAGUUGUUACAACCAAAGGUACAAGUGCAAGUGUCCGCGAAAAUGAUCCGUACUUUGUUUUUCGCAAUCACAACGUUACAUGAACAUGGAUGACCUAAAAUGCGAAUACGUAAAGAAAAAAGAUGCUUCGGACUGUCACAAAAGCUGCAUAGUAAAGAUAUUAUAAUGUUUUGUGUUUCAAUUAACUUCAAUCAUGAACACAGUUCAACUAUCGCGUAAUGAUCGGUGAUUUGUUGGAUCACAAAAGUGAAAAUGUGAUGUGUCAAACUGAUUGUUUACCUCGCGGACAGGUGAGCGGUUUGUAGAAGUGGUACGCGAGGGCGGCGGGAGGCGGGCGGCAUGUCGGGUCGCACGAGUCCCGUGAACGGCGGUUACGAGGCCGCGAACGCAGAGCCUGCGAUGAGGCUCACCGUCCGCAAAGACCUAUUCCCCGAGGCUCGCCUGCCGAAGAUAGCGCCUGACGACCCUGACGCGGCCUCCACGGAGGAAGACCUAGACACCGUGUCCUAUGUCAAGCUCGAAACGGACUUCGAGCAAAGCAUUGAUGACAUAGCCAAUCAAAAACAAAAAUUAGUUAAUGGGCUGGUGCAAUCCCCCAAACCUCGUCACAGAAAGCACAAGCAACAUUCUAGACGAGAUAAUGAGUAUUCAGUACACAACGGAUGCCUUCCAUCUAAAAGGAAACGGAGAAAAAACUCUUCAAGGGAAUCACGCCAUAAAUCCCAUUCGUCUAAUAGUGUUAUGCGUUCAAAAGUGAAAGGUGGUAAGAAUUUAAAUUUAGUUAGCAGCAGUGAGUGUCAGGAGGAUGAGGACUGGGCCGAGAAGGAAGCAGAGGAAAGUGAAAGUUCGGAAGAUGAAGUGCUCAGGUGCAGUGUAAAGUUACCAUUAAUCAACUUGCCCCGGCAAAGUGGCAAACCCUACAGUCAUGAACUUAGUCAAUUAUCCACAAAAAAGAGUAAAAAGGACUCAAAAGAGAGACGGACUCAUGCCGUGACGCCUUGUAGUGGUAAACCGCGUUCUAUGUUGGACAUUUGUAGUUCUCGUAGCAAAAAGAAAUCAAAGAAGUCUGAGUGCACACCCACUUAUCGAAGUCAGAUAGUGGAUAUGAACACUAUUAAAAUUAAGAUUAAAAGGACAAAUAUUAAUGAAACUAAGUUACAGAUAACAACACCAACACCAACGUCAAUCGCCGAUCUUGGACAGAGGAAAUCCAAAAAGAAACGGGCAGCUUCGCCCGCGCCAAGCGAGAGUUCGGGCGAGGAAUACGACCCCAAAGGAGACAACACUGCGAGUAUGAGUGUCGCUCCUAAGGCGAAACAAGCACGACCGAAGACGCCUAAGACACGGAAAUCCAAUAAUUCUAAAAAAAAAAGUGAAAAGACUGAAAGAACUAGUAGAAUUAGUGCUGCUGAAAGUAAAGAUGCUGGGCCGCAGAGUCCGUGGGCGACGAUGCCUGAAGAGGUCCUCGUGAAGAUAUUUGAAUAUGCUGUGGCUUCACAGGGAACGUUACCUAGUGUUAUAAGAUUUGGCAGAGUUUGCAAGUUAUGGCAUAUCGUGAGUUGUAGACCUGAAUUAUGGAAAAGCGUGGAUUUGGCACAAUAUACUAAGGAAAAAUGUAAAACUGACUACAAAUUAGUGUGGCUUCUUGAAAACAGAUUGUCACAGUGUCAAAGUUUAAAUAUAGCUCAAUGGAAGGUGUGCAACUUGUCGUGGGUGCUAGCGUGCGUGGCGGACUACUGCCCGGCGCUGGUGGAGCUGAGCGUGGCGGGCUGGAGCCGCAUGACGCCCGAGCAGCUGUUCGAGCUGGUGCAGGGCCUGCCGCAGCUGCAGCGGCUGGACCUGUCGCUGACGUCUGAAACCGGCGGGUCUAGCACGUGCCUAUCGGCGGCGUCGAUGGCGCGGCUGGCGGAGGCGUUCGGCGCGCGCUUCACGCAUCUCACGCUCGCCAACAACAAGUACACCGCGCUGCCGCAGAUACUGUCGUCGGUUGCGGCGCACUGCGCGAAUCUGGAGGUGCUGGACAUAUCAGGCGCGCUAGCAACGUCGCACCCCGCCGCCGUGCCCGUGGAGGCGCUGCAGAAGGGCUGCCCCAAGCUGCGCGUGUUCCGCGCCGCCAACUCGCAGCUCGUGCUCGCGCCCGCCACCACCUCGCAGCAGGCGCUGGACACAGCGGGCGCGCUGGCAACGUCGCACCCCGCCGCCGUGCCCGUGGAGGCGCUGCAGAAGGGCUGCCCCAAGCUGCGCGUGUUCCGCGCCGCCAACUCGCAGCUCGCGCUGGACACAGCGGGCGCGCUGGCAACGUCGCACCCCGCCGCCGUGCCCGUGGAGGCGCUGCAGAAGGGCUGCCCCAAGUUGCGCGUGUUCCGCGCCGCCAACUCGCAGCUCGUGCUCGCGCCCGCCACCACCUCGCAGCAGAUGGAAGCCGUCGGCUGGACGCAGUUAGAGGAGCUUUCCAUCGCGGGCGAAGCGGCAGCCGAGGCUGUGGGCGUCGGCGAGUACCGGUUCAACGACGACGCGCUGUCCCGCCUCGUGCGCGCCGCCACGCGCCUGCGCCUGCUGGACCUGCGCGGCCUGCAGCGCCUCACGGACUCCGGGCUCGUGCGCGUGCCCGCCUGGGACCUGCAGCACCUGUUCCUGGGCGGUUGCAACGUCACACGCCAGGGCAACGCGUGCUUAGAGCUGAUCUGCGAGAAGUGGUCCCACAGCCUGUUGGAACUGGACUUAUCGUGGGCCUCCGCCGCGAGGGUCCUGGAUGACGCCGUCUCGGCGCUGGCGGACUCACCUAAUAGCAAGCUAAGAAUACUCAAUCUAUGUGGAUCAUCAGUAUCCUUGGAACCAGUAAAGAAAGUGUUACUACGAUGUCCCCACAUAGAGUCCAUCAAUCUCAGCUCGUGUCGCGCUCUUCCCAGAGGCAUGAAGCGUCUGUACACGGGAAAAGAACUUCAGGACCUCAAAGACAGCUUAGACCCAGAAAAGGCGAAAACCAAAGAAAAUGAAUCGAAAGAAAAGACCAAGAAAAAUACAAACAAAACAGAGGCUGACUCUAAAACCGCUGCAGAAAGAACGCCAAAGCAAGAAGUUUCCGAUAGCUCUGGAGAUAAAUCAGAAGCGAAGCCUCAAGAGAAAUCAUCAGAUUCCCUUUUCCAGGAGCCUAAGAGUGUCUCUGAACCGGGAAGUCACAGGCAAACGUCGACAGACGCCGGGCGUAAGACGUCUCCUGAUAGCAAAACCGAUACAUCUUCCAACAAAACUCCCGAAAACAGAGCUUCCAUGUCGGACACCAAACGCGUGAAGGGCGACACAACUCCUAAAUUGUUAAGUCCGAUGGCUCAACUGAGACCCGACUCCUCCUCCACUCCCAGGUCCGAACAAACUAAAGGGGACAUGGGCAGUCCUCACUUCAGCCCCGUUCCCAAACCCGACAGUCAGGUGCAGAACAGUCCCGAAGUACAUCCCGAAUCGAUCAAAAGCAACUCCUGGAGUUUGGGUCAGUUCAAAACUACACCCACGCACAAGUCCGAAGCCAGCCCCCUGAACAGAAUAGAGAGUCACAAUAAACUGAAACACGGCAAAUUCAUCGAACAAUGCAGCCCCACCACGUCGCUGGACAACAAGCCGAGCCCCGAGACCCUCGGCGUGAAGCAGGACAUCAAGACGCCCAACAGCUGGAGCUACGGCAGCCCGAUGCCGCGCCAGGAGGCGCAGUUCGCCUCGCAGCGCAGCCCCUACUCGGCCCAGCCCAGCCCGGCGCAGCCCAGCCCCUACUCCACGCAACCGAGUCCCUACUCCACGCAGCCCAGCCCCUACUCCUCGCAGCCCAGCCCGUACUCGGCCCAGCCGAGCCCCGACACGAGCCAGAUCGUCAAGCCGGAGCUGCCGAAGGCCGGCGCCUGGAACACCGGCGGCUACAGCCCGAUGCCGAAGCACCACGCGCCCUUCUCGCCGCACCCGUCCACGCACGCCAGCCCCGACGCCGGGCCCGGCGCCAAGGACCCGCGCGGGCCCGGCCGCACGCCCGGCCAGUACAGCCCCAUGUCGCGCCAGGACCGCCUGCACCCCGGGCCCUACUCGCCGCGCCCCGACGCCUACACCAAGCGCAGCCCCGGCGUCGCCGGCGGCUACAGCCCCAUGCUGCGCGCCGACUGCCAGCUCGCCAGCCCCGACCAGCCGCCGCGACCGCCCCGCGCCGACUACCGCGCGGCCAAGGCGCCCGAGCUCGCGCCCGCGCCGCCCGACGUCGCCUGGGGCAUGGACCGCUUCGGCCAGCUGCCCGGCGCGCCGCCCGCCAGCAUCGAGUCGCUCGUGUGGGGCGCCGGCUUCGAGCAGGCGCCCGCGCGGGAGCCGGCGCCGGCGCCGCUGAGCACGCCGCCGCAGUGGGGCGGGCUGCCGGGCUUCGAGGCGGGCGCGCGGCGGGCGGCCGACCCGUGGGCGCUGGGCCACUUCCGCGUGGAGCCGCCGGCGCCGUCGCAGCACACGUUCGUGGAGCAGAGCGUGUCGUUCGACGCGCUGAGCGGGCACGUGGGCCACGCGGCGCACGCGCUGUCCAGUUUUUUAGACGAGGCCUUCGCCGAGUCGUCGCGUGUGGACUGA